AUGAACAUGGCUUCAGCUCAUUUAUCACCCUUUACUUCAAAUAUGUUUAACAUUCCCUCUAUCCCUAAAAAUCCCUCUAAUCCCGUGUUUCCCCUUUCCUCAUUAUAUUCGACAACAAAUAAUCAAACAAAGACAAUGGAGGCGCGAAAAGAAUCAGAAUUUGUUGACAAUAUUCUUGAAAAAGGUUCAACUUCAAAUACACAUCCACGCGUCGUUUUUAGUUCAUCAUUCUCUCCACAAAGUGCUAUUUCUCCAAGUGAUUUUUCAUCAAGUCCUGCAUCAUAUAGAAAGUCAUCAAAUACAACAAAUCCAAUACAUUUAUCUCCUUCAUCAUUUUCCGUUACAAGUAGUGUGGUAUCUAGCCCUUCUUCCAGAUCUCAAAGUCCACGUCGUUCAUCAAGAAAACCUAAACCUAGUAAACGCUCUAAAGAACAAAUAUUAGGUAAACGACGUUUAUCUGGACCUGCUACGCGUCUAAGAAAACAUAAAUCAAUUAUAUCUGAAGAUGAAGAAAAAGAAUGUUAUUAUCGCGAACGAGCAGCUCCAAUACCUGAAAAACUUGAUGCUCCAUAUACAAAAACCAGACGAUUAACUAUGACCAAUAUAUAUGGUGUAGUGGGAUGUGGUGGAUAUAAUUUUAAUCCUUCCAAGAAUCCAAAUUAUCCAUUUCCUCCUUCAAGAACUUCAAUUAUUUCAAAAUGGACUCCCGUUCAACAUAAAGUAUUUCUUGCAUCAUAUUUAGAACAUGGAAAAAAAUUUUCAUCGAUUGGAAAACAAGUUCAUAAAACUACUGCGGAAGUGGUAGAAUUUUAUUAUUUGAUUAAACAUACUUCACAAUUUAGAAUGGCCAAAGCUAUGAAGAAAGAGUAUGAAUUGUAUGAAGAAGAUCUUAAUAAAAUUGAUUUACAGGUCAAAGGUUUAGCUAAGUUGGCAAAUGGAAAGAAAGGAGGUGGCCGUAAAAAGAAAGCAGCUCAAGAAGAUAGAUAA